AUGCCUGCAGCCGAAGGGCUGCACGUGACGGCCACGCGCGAUGGCGUCCAGCGCCAUAUCGUGCUCAUCUACAUUUGGCCCGGUCAGCCCGAGAAGACGGUUCGUGCAUACCUGGGCGACGUCUGCAGGGAGUUCGAUGGCCCUAACACGAUCAUCACCGGGGACUUCAUCAUCCAAAAGGCGGCGGUCGAAGAUACGAUCCGGAUGAGCCGAAUGAACUGCGUUUUUCCGCCGGGAAUGGAUACAAAUUAUCAUUCUAAAGGCAACACGGACAUCGACUACCUCAUCUGCUCACCUGACAUCUUGGUCAAGAAACGUGAUGCGGUGCAGCCGCCCUACAACCCGGGACGCAAGCAUUUCCACAAGAUGCUGUGCGCAGAGCUCGAAUUUGCGAAUCCGAACGGCUACAGCCCCGGAGUGCGCCUUGAAACCGCCGACCGUAUCGCCAUACCGUACUUCUAC